CCUUCUUUUUGGCCCUUCUGCACUCAUCUCCUUCUCCAUCUCCAUUGCUUCCCAUCUCCAUUGACUCCUCUGAUUCCUUUAAUUUUUCAAAUAUAAUCCCAUGCCGUUGACUUAAUCCCCAGCACCCAUUAUUUUCACCCCAUUCUCCUGCUACAAUUCGUCAUCUCUGUCGUCGGUCACCCCUGUUUCUUCGAAGGACGGAAUUAAGAUGAAUUCUUCUCCAAUUUCACAACAAAUAUCUCAAAAUGAAAUUGAUGGGAACAACUGCUUAGUCAACAAUGACAACUUCUUAACUGUACAAAUGGAUGAUCUUGAGGGGUUAGAAGAGAUUUCUACUAGUACUACUAUGGAAAUUGAAGGGCCCAAAAUGUUGGGUGAGGAUGACAUUAUUGGUGGGAUGCCUCGUAAAGAUGAAAAUUUUUACCAUGCCAUAAAGAUUGAUGAAAAUGGUGUUUGUAGGAGCUUGUUUUGGGCAGAUGGGAGAGCUAGGGAAAUGUAUCAAAAUUUUGGUGAUGUUGUGGGUUUUGAUGUGACAUAUCGGACUAAUACAUUUCUUUUACCAUUUUCUCCAUUUACUGGUGUGAACCAUCAUGGGCAGUCAACCUUGUUUGGAUGUGCCCUCCUAUCGGAUGAACAGGAAGAUAGCUUUGUGUGGUUAUUUGAGUGGUGGUUGCGGUGCAUGGGGGGUAAGGCACCUGGUGCAAUUAUCACUGACCAGGACCCAGCAAUCACUAAUGCAAUUAAAAGGGUUUUUCCGAACACACGUCAUAGGUUUUGUAGUUGGCACAUCUCACUCCAUGAGGAUGAGCAUCUUCAGGCUUUAAGAUCAUCAUAUAAUCCUGGAUUUGAUGAACAAUAUUAUAAGUGGGUGAGAAAAAGUAAAACUAUUGAAGAAGCCAAGAAUGCACGGAAAAAGUUGAAGGAGAAAUAUAAACAAGAGUUUAUUGAGCCAUUGACAGAGAAGCAACACAAUGAAAAAAAGUCCUGGAAAUGUCAACGAAGUGAGAGCAUUAAUUCAUUUUUUGAUGGUUAUGUGAACUCUAUGACACCAUUAUUCGAGUUUGUUGGCCAAUAUGCUAAAGCUCUACAAUGUUGUCGUGAUGAGGAAGUGAAUGAAGACAUGUGGACAAUGAGAGCAAAGCCAAAUCCGUUAGCUACUAAUGAUGGGAUGACCACAUAUGAUGUUAGUUAUGGGUUUGGGGGCAAGGUUGAUUCACACUCCGUGCGAUGUGGUCCGUCCAAGGAGGAGUUUGCUUGUACUUGUGGGAAGUUUGAGACUAGUGGUAUUUUGUGUAAACAUAUUCUUCACAUAAUGAUGCAAUGUUAUCGAAUGGAAGAGAUUCCUGAACAAUACAUUUUGGCUAGAUGGACCUUGGCAUAUAGAUAUAGUAGUAAACAAUCUCAAUUGAUAAGCACAUCAAAAGAAUUAGUGGUUUCUGCACUUGCUUCUUGGAAUCUUCGAAAAUCUCUUAAUGAAGUGCAUGACCAAGCAGUAAGUCAUGGCAAACUUUAUAAUGUUGCUGCAGUAGUGGUGGAAGAUUUGAAAAGGCAAUUAUAUAGUAUUAGAAAGGAGCUUGAAGGUUUGGUUACUAAACAAAGUGAGCAAGAUUUUGGUGCUCAAGCAAUAUCUCAAGAUUUAAUUUCAAGUAACAUAGAUAUUCGUGAUCCGAAAAGGGUUAGAACCAAGGGUCGACCAAAGGAACUUUCUAGGAUUCCUACAGGAAAACAAGUGUCACAAAAUACAGCUCAUAUUAGAAGGCGAACUUGUAGCACAUGUGGUUUUAAAGGUCAUGAUUCUAGGACUUGUGGAAAGACAAAAGACAAGGUCAUAGAAGAUGGAAGUGCAAGUCAAUUACCCCAUGCAAAGGAGUGAUUGUUAUGAUAGAGUAACCAUUAAGCUUAUUUUGUAAAGAAUUGGAGCUUAUUUU